AUGUGGACUCUGCCUUCACGCACGGCGCCUGACUCGGAUCUCCGACGCGUGGCCACCACGCCGCCAUCGUGCACGAGUCAACGGUCUCUCAAGAUCUCUGCGGACAGCACCGUCGAGUACUACACCGUCCGAGGCCCGCUCACCCACGCGCGACCGCGGAUCCACUCAGGCGACCUCACCCCCGUCGCCGAUCCCAUCGCGAAGCUCACUCGAGAGUGCAGCGCGCUGCGCAUCCGCCUCGCCACCGUGGAGCGCCUCGAGCGGCGCGGAAGCACCCCGUACGGCCCGUCCCCCAUCUCCGCGCGCACCCCGCCCUCUGUCACCCUCGACCUGGCGCUCGACUCCGCCUACGCCCAGCGCAAGGCCGCGCGCACCCACAUCCACGGCGAGGUCAUGAAGCUCGCCGAGCGCUACAAGGUCCUCGAGCAGACCCUCCGCGAGAUGCAGGAGACGCUCCGCAUGAAGGACAGAGAGAUCGACGCGCUCCGUAAGGAGCGCGACAGACUGCUUGCAGAGCGCGAGCUCAACCGCGAGAAGAGCCGCAGUCCCGCCCGCACGCCCCCGGCCCGGACAAACGGUGCGGACAGACAUCAGCGGCAUCGCGACCCCAGUCGGAGCAGGGGCCAAGUGCACAGGACAGAAGAGCCACCACCAGUACCUCUGGGACCGCGGAUGUCGCUCGACGCAGAGCACGCGGCGCGUGCACGCAGUUUGGAUGUAUUCCUGACAAAGACAGACAAUUGGUCCGGUGCGCAAGUUAUCCAGGCGGUCGAAGACCUGAACGCAGAAAUUUCCCAGUUCGCAGCAUCCGCAACAGAGUCCUGUACGUUUACAAAACAGGGUAAGCCUCGUGCACAGGCGCUGGAAAUGCUCAGAGACGGCGCGCCCUGGCUAGGCUCACCACUGAUACGCGUGCUCGCGACGCGCGAUCACACGCAGGAUCCAAUCAUGGUGCAACUCGCGUUGCAGACGAGCAUCGCAACAUGUUGUGCGCGCUCGCUCUCCCUGUUUUGUGUCGGGUUCCCGUCCAAGCUUGAUGCUCUGCUCUCGCGCGUCCUCGCACACCUCCAGGCGACCGAGCCACAAGCUACGUCGUCGAGAUGGCGGUCGCUCACGCAUCGCGCCAUCCGCGUGUUAUACCCCGGCCUCGAAGAGUACGCCGUCACGGAACUGGUAACGACAAUGCUCCGUUGGUCCGCCGCCGUCUUUGCGAUCUCAGGCUCGGAUGCCUCGUCUCCGUCGACUGCGCUGCACUCGUUGAGCAGCCAGUUGCGGCGCAUCGCAGAGGCGGCGUACAAGCUCGCGCGGAUCACGCGCGAGGAGAUCCUCUCCACGAGCUUCGAGGUGGUGUUCGUCGAGAGCGGGGACGCGUACGAGGACGCGCGGAUGACGAACAAGAUGCGCGACUACGGCGAGGGCGUCGCGGGCGCGGAGGAGCUCGCCGCGCACUGUCCCGCCGCGAAUGGGCGAGCGAGCCGCGAGAGCGGUAGGGUGCUCUGCACAACCGAGCUGGGGCUGCGCUGUGUGACGCGCAAGGAUACCAGGACCUUUGCUGCGGAGGAGGUGGGUGCGGGCGAGCUGUUCGAGUCGAGGAUGUUGUUGCUACCCAAGGUGGUGCUCGAUUCUGCUAUGGAGGCGAUAGAGCGCGGAUAG